CGACACAGGAGUCAUGCCGUCUGUAGCUGCAACUGAAAACAAGCUGAUAAAGGUCGAUUUGGCUUUUAAGAGGUGAAAUCAGGGGUGUUUAAACAUGUAUUAUUUUACUUAGACUACACUGUAGUGAUCUAAUCACCAUUAGGUAUUUACUGGCUGUUUAAAACCUGAAUAUCCUGCCUACCAAGUCAUAUAAUCAGAAUAAUGUGCGUGAUUAGUUGGAUCACAAAAUAAUAUUUAAUUAAAGUAAUAAUUUAUUUACAUUAAAGUCUCACUUUUCCCAGGAUUAACAUCCUAACAUGGCUUCUAAUAUGAUUUCAAAAGCCAGGAUAUGUUUAAAGUCCUUACAUCCUUUCCUUCACCAAGAAUGUCCAACUAUCUUCACACUAAAAUCUUCACCAAAGCUGUUUUCUUCAACACGCUUUCUGUGCACAAGAGACUCGAACUCAAAGCUGGGUGUCACACAGACACACAAAAGGAGGAAUGAACAGACUGAUACUGCAGUUAAAAACAAAGCCCUCAGACAGGGAAGGGAGGACUUUUCCAAGUCUGUGUUUGCUGCUGGGACUGCAAAGAGGACCGCUGAGAAGCAGAAGAGGAAAGAGUCACUAGUCUCCAGGGACGUGGAGCAGGAUGAGGAAGGGCCUGACCACAGAACAGGGAAGGAGCAGCCCCCCGACCGGCCGCUCCCUCCUGCUGAGUGGAAGAAGCUCAAAGAGUCUCUGGGAAAUCCUCAGCGUUUUGAAGUCAGGAUGAUGCGUUCAAUGUUCCACUCUGAUGCAAAGCUAGAUAUUGCAAAGUCUCUGCUAACAUUUGUUGCCAUGGAAACAGGGACACUAUCUUAUGAGCUGCUACUUGGAUAUCUGAUGCUGUGUGCGCGCUGCGGCCACGAUGCCGAGGUGUUUGAUGUCUACAGGAUCAUGCGAGGAAGUUUCCCCUCUCUGGACACCGGAGCCUCCAGUCUCUUUAUCAAGUCCUUCAGUCGGACAGCGCGAUGGAAGGAGGCCAUCAGCAUCCUCCACGAGGUCAAGAAGGUAUUUACCCCAUCAGCGCGCAACUAUGGAGAUGUUAUUGCAGGAGCGAUGCUGAAUGGAGACACAACCACGGCCUGGAGUUUUUAUGAUGAGCUGUUUGAAAAGGGACUGACCCCCCACCAGGAGACCUGGGAUGCUCUGUUUACACGAGCACAGAGACAUGAAGAGGACGGAGUAGAGGGGAGGAAGAGCUGGGCUGAGCAGCAGGAGAGGCUGCUGGGGAUUCUGCUGUACAUGAGGAACAACCAGAUCUACCCCCAGCAAAGUGUCACCACCAGCAUCAAGACCUGGUUUGAGAGUCUCACAGAGCACAAAUGGACAGGAAACUGGACCAGUGUCACCCCAAAGGGAGUGUGUAGGUGUUGUGGGUCAGAACUGGAGUCCAUCCAGCUGACUGAUGACGAGUAUCAGAUGCUGAGAGACAGAGUGAUGACGGACAUCAUUCAGGGGAAAGAUGUUUUCAACAAGACCACUCCAGAGGAGCUGGAGCAGUUCAAGACAUUUGUGAAGAGCAAGCCGGCCUUUGAUGUGGUCAUAGAUGGACUGAACGUUGCAAAUAUCAACAAAGACAAGUUCAAGCUGUCGGAGACGCUGUUGGCGGUGGUGUCGGAGCUGGAGCGCCAGGGUCUGGCUGUUCUGGUGCUGGGCAGGAAACACAUGCUGAACCCCUCCAGGUCCUGGGACCGACGCAACAUGGCCCUUCUCCAGCAGAAAGCUCAUUGCUUCUUUACUGACAACAUUUCUGAAGAUGACCCCUUCCUGCUGUACGCCACUUUGCAUUCUGGGAACCACUGUCGGUUCGUGAGCCAGGACCUGAUGAGGGACCACAAGGCGUGUCUCCCCGACGGGCCGACCAGACGCCUCUUCUUUAAGUGGCAGAGGGGCCAUCAGCUGCUGGUGGAUGGAUUUGUCUCGGCCGGCAGGAGGGUGCGCUUUCAGAGUAUUCCCAGCUAUGACACCAUCGUGCAGACCUCAGGAGACUUCUGGCACGUCCCCUACGACGACACGGAACACCGGAGCACCUACGAAGUGCCUCAGCGGUGGCUGUGUCUCUCCAAACAGCACUGAACAUGCAGCGUUUUUGUGAUGAAUCCAUCGUAACCGUGGACCUGUAAAUACUUCAGAGACUAACGAGUUGUCUGUACUUUUUAAUACAACUGUAAUCACAACAAUCUGAUGUACUUGGAGUUAUUCAAGGCUGCUAAGUUGACCCAGAUAUUAAAAAUUCAUGAACCCCCUCUGGAGCUGAUGUUUUACAUGUCUCGCUUUUCUCACCACAAAGU